AUGAACGAUUGGUUCGUUGAAGAACCAAAGUAUGACGAAGCUUAUUUUCAUCGCAAGUUUCGUAUGGAUAAAAGUAUGUUUUUAUCCAUAGUAGACGACAUUGAAGCUAACUUCCCAUAUUUUCAAGAAGGAUACGACGCUCGAUUCAAAAGGAGUUUCACAGCGAUACAAAAGAUCACAUCGGCCAUUAGACAACUCGCAACGGGCAACGCGCCCGAUGAGUAUGACGAGUACUUAUGCAUGGCUGCAAGAACUUCAAGUGAAAAUCUUGAUUAUUUUUGUGAUGCUAUAAUUAAGUUGUACGACCGAGAGUACCUAUGUAGGCCGACUCAACACGAUGUUGCAUGCAUUUACGAGGCCCAUGAAGCUAAGCAUCACAAGCCCGACAUGCUUGGUAGCAUCCAUUGUACCCAUGUCGAAUGGAGGAAUUGUCCUAGAGCGUUGAGAGGGCAAUAUACGAGAGGUGACUAUGGUGUUCCUACUAUUGUGCUUGAGGUUACGGCAUCACAGGAUUUGGGGAUUUGA